AUGAGCACCGAUGAGGAUUAUGACGCGUACCUCAGUGCAGUGUCCAAAUACGACUACGAGGAUGAGUUUUUUUCACAGUUUAGCAAACCUUUCCUGAUCUGCAUGUACUCAUUUGCCUGCAUCUUUGGAGUGUCUGGGAACGCACUGGUUCUCAUCAUAUUUGUUUUCCAUGAGAAAGUGAAGACAGUAACAGACAUCUUUUUAGUAAGCUUGGCUACCGCAGACUUAUGCUUCCUUGGCACGCUGCCAUUCUGGGCAUACUCUGCUGCUCAGGAGUGGAUCUUUGGCACACUGGCAUGUCAAGUCAUCCGAGGCUUCUACACCUUGAAUCUGUACGGCUCCAUGCUGACCCUCACCUGCGUGACGAUCGAGAGGUAUUUCGCAAUUGUCCAAGCCACCAAAGUCCAUGUCAGCCAAUCCAAAAGGACAAUCUGGGGCAAAGCAAUCUGCAUUUUUCUUUGGAUUGUUUCCCUGGCAUUUGCUAUGCCGCAAUUCGUGUACAGCACACAGGCCAAGUACGACAAAGUAGUAUGCCAUGCAAACUACUCAACUCUUCAUAUGGAACAAUCCAUUGAAGUCACUCAAAUGUCUCUUGGGUUCUUCUGCCCUAUGCUCGUCAUGCUUUUUUGCUACUUAACCAUUAUAAACACUUUGCUCAAAGCAAAGGGUUUCCAAAAGCACAAAUCAGUAAAAAUAAUAUUUGCUAUUGUCGCAACAUUUUUUUGUACGCAGGCACCCUACAACUUGCUGAAACUGAUUCGUGUUGUGGACCGGCGUAUCCUCUUCAGCCGCCAUUAUGAAUACGCACUGAUCGUAACAGAAGCAAUUGCCUAUUUCCACAGCUGUCUCAACCCUGUCCUCUACUUCUUCAUCGGAGUGAAGUUUAGGAAGAAUCUGAAGAAAAUAGUUAAAAACAUUGGGUGCGCCAGGCACCGACAAACGGCAAAGCAAUGGCAAACAACCGAAGACAACAGCUCAAAAAUGGGCACUGCUUCGAACAACGUAGAAGAAACAAGCUUGCAUCCACUGUAA